AUGGACUACUUUCCUGGAAACUGGGGAAAUCCCCGCAGUCGUGAUAAUGAUGUCUUCAGCUCGAAUGACUAUUUUCCUGGUUCUUGUUCUGGUGACAUGGCUGGUGCCAGUUAUCAUGCCAGGGGUGGUCCCAUCACUCACACCCAACAACCUAUUGUCACUGGAACUUCAGUUAUUGGUAUCAAGUACAAGGAUGGCAUCAUGAUGACUGCCGAUACUUUAGCUUCCUAUGGCUCGCUUGCACAAAUCAGAGACAUGAAACGUAUGACUUCGUUUGGAGAAAGCACUGUUAUAGGUGCAUCGGGUGAUAUGUCGGAUUGGCAGCUUAUUCAGCAUAUGGUUCAAGAUCGUGUUAUCGCCGAGUCUGCACAUGAUGAUGGUCAUCAACUGCACCCUGAACAUAUUUUUGAAUAUCUCACCCGUGUCAUGUAUGGACGUCGAUCCAAUACCAAUCCUCUGUGGAACUCAUUAGUUAUUGGCGGAUUUCGUGAUGGAAAACGAUUCCUUGGAUAUGUCGAUAUGCUUGGAACUACCUAUCACUCAUCCACCAUUGCUACUGGCUAUGGAGCAUACAUUGCACAGCCUCUUCUUCGCAAGGCUGUUGAGGGUCACGAAGACGAGCUUACUGAAGCCGAUGCAAUUAAAAUUCUUGAUGACUGCAUGAGGGUUCUGUUCUAUCGCGAUGCUCGUUCAAUCAACAAGAUUCAACGUGCUACAAUCAAUGCUACUGGUAUCACAAUCACUGAACCUUAUUCCCUGACAACGGAGUGGAAUUUCGCAGAAGGUAUUCGCGGAUAUGGCGCAGUUUAUGAAUAAAUGAUCGACUUUUGUUAAAUGCUGAACGAUUUCAAUUCAUAAGAAUUAGAAGUUGGUUUGAGCUGAAUGAUUCCAAAAAUAAACAGUUUUACACAG